UCUCCUUCUAUCUCCUCACCUAAACAAACUUGCGUACCUUCCCUCUCGCUGCUUCCUCUCCCCUCUCCCCUCUCCCCUCUCCCCCCUCUCUCCAUCUCUCUUCCACCUCACCGCAAAGAGCAUACACGACCCUACAAACAACAUCUCUACCCCAUCAGCCCUAGGUACGCAAUGGCUUCCUCGCCAUCUUUCAUAUACACUGACUCUUCUCAGCAGGCCUGGCUCACCAUGGUAGGCCCCAUGGCGCCGCGCUUCUUCUGCUCUCGCUGUGAUGCCCAAUUCAGUGACAAGAAUGAGUAUCAGGAGCACGUGCGUGACCACCCAGACACUCAACCACCCGCCCCUGUUUGCGUUGUAUGCACAAGCCUAUUUGAAGACUCUCUUGCGCUCGAGGAGCAUUACAUGGUGACUGGCCAUGGCGCGCCUUUCGCUUUUUGUGGCGAGUGCCUCAUAAGCUUCCCAUCUAUGUCGAUGUUUAAUGAACAUCGCAAGUGGCCCUCUCCGUGUCACGAGGCCCAGAGGAAGUCGCCCAAGUCCACUGACCGCUUCCGCGAGACAUCCGCCAACCCUCCGUCUAGGUCCGCGGUCGGUAAUACUCUGUCCCCCACGAAUCCUCUUCACUGCAAGACUUGCAACAGGUUGUUUGUCAAUCUAGCCUCAUUGAAUCAUCAUUACUUGGGGUGCUCUGCCAAAUCUGGCACUACACCCUCUGCUUCGUUGCUCGCAGAGGCUACCCUCAAACCACCCCGGAAGAAGAAGAAGAAGAAGGCAAAAAAGUCUGAGCAAGAUCCUGUCGGGUUAGCAGAUCCUUGGUCGGACAAACAGUCUACUAGCCCAGCAGAAGUUCGUCCUGAGCUGGCUGGUCUACAUGCUCGCCCAGCCAAUCAUCCUCCCCGUGACUACAGUCUUGCCUCUCCCGCCGGACCACUGAUGAACAAUCAGCCCACGGCUUCUCCUGGUAACGCAAUCAACGCACCUUCAAGUCCAGCCAAUAAGUUCCAUUGCAAUGCAGGUUGUGGCAAGUUAUUUACGUCCAGGGCAGGCUGUGAGAUGCAUGAGAAGGUUGUUCAUGGGGGCGGAUCUGGUGGCUUCAACCAUCCCACGCCGUCGCCUCCCUUGGCGGGCCGUGGUCAACCUCCUCUUUCUCCGAGAGACGCACACAUUCCGAGGGUGAAGAUGCCAUUGCCGCAACCUGCACCAAUGCGACGCCCUUUACCGAUGUCUGCGCCCACGUUCGUGCCUCAUUCUUCACCAGGCCCGACGCUCCAGGCCCCGGCGCAUGCAUCUCAGCCCCCUACCGCAGCGCAGCCGUCUAUCCCUGGCCUCGCCGAGGUUGAGCAAGUCCACGAACUUACAGAAAAAAUCUCUCCUUUGAUGAUUCCUGUUGAUAUGUACUUUGAUCAGUCUGGAUCUUUCAAGUGUGGAGGUCAUUCUUGGGUUCGAAUCACGAUCGAAAAACAAGUAGGUUUUCUGGAGAUGUUGAAUGGUCUCGUUCACAUACGCCUCCCUCCUGAUCAACAGGCACAACACUUCCUCCCACCAGCGAAGGCAUUCCAAGAUAGCUGCGAAAUCGACUAUCCAGUCGGAGACUUCGAGAGUGCUCCGGUCUCCAACUCUUCGGCUUUGAAGGCAAUCUCCAUCACUUGCAGCAAGAUUCUCUUGCAAGACGGACGAUACGAGGUAGUCAAAGUUGCAGCGGUUGACGUCAUCACCUGUCAAAUCCUUCUGAACCAUCUUGUUUGCUCCGACCUAAAAGCUCCGGUCAAAGACUGGUUGACUCCCAAAACGGGCCUGAGCAAUUUCCACGAUUUUGAGUAUGCUCGUGGACAAGGAUAUCGGGUCCUGAGAGGAUGGAAGGCAGCUAGAACGGUGUUGCACAAGUACAUGGACCGGAACACCAUUGUUGUGGGUCAAGAUCUUCGUCGCGACCUGGAUGCGCUCCGUAUGAUUCACGGUCGAUCCAUUGAUAUCGCAAAGGUCUUCGAGAAAGCUGCAAAGGGUCCAUUGUCCAGGCAGCAGCUCGGCAUUCAGAGCAUGAGCCGAACCCUGCUAGGUAUCGAUAUCCCAACGAGUGCCAAAUUUGGACAUGAUGUUCUUCAGCUGGCGUUUGCUGUUCGCGGUAUGGUCAUGUGGGCUCUCAAGAAUACCGAAGCGCUUGGCAAGAAGGCCAAAGGUGCAUCGUUGGACUAUCAGCGUUCGAUUAGCAGAACCUAG